UACACUUGGUUUACAAAAAAAAACCCAAAAAAAGUUCAGAAAUUGAAGAAGAAGAAGAAGAAGAACAGAGAGAAUGGAAGAUUGCAGGCCAUUAGGGUUCUUGAUAGGCCUGCCCUUUGCCUUGGUUGCUCUGGUUCUCUCUCUUGUUGGUGCUGUCCUUUGGCUUCUUGGAACGGUGCUGAGCUGUUUGUGCCCCUGCUGCAUUUGUUGUGUUUCGAUUGCAAAUUUCGCUGUGGGUCUGGUGAAGCUGCCUAUAAGAGUAAUUAGAUGGUUCACAGAUAUGAUCCCUUGUUAGUGUUUAAGGAUUGAUAUCCCUCGUCUGUUGGGGAUUUAGAACUAUGGAACUUUCUUCUGCUAUAUAAUUAGUUCUUGAACAAGUGAUGGACUUUGCCGUUCUUGGCCUCAUAUUUGGAAUGCAGUAAAUGGAGAUUCUGAUGAUUUGGGCUCGCCAAAUAGUUUAUCUGAGACCCCAAUAACUUGUGAAUUGUGAUUGCAAUUGCCAUUUUUUCCAUCUUUUUUUGUAUUUGGAGUUCUGAGUUUACCAUGUAUCUCUGUAAUCCAACUCUGUAAAGUCACAGGAAUAUACAAUCUCCCAUAUUGCUGAGUG